AUGAAUAGAAACAGGAGUCGCACUGAGCAGAAAUCACUGCUAGAGGGACAUACUUUCUCGGUACCUAGCAUUACAGGUAACCCAUUCACACCUGAGUUGGUCAGCGCUGUGCAUUCACUACCUAGUCUUCAAGCUAGCCUCGGGGAAAUAACGGAUUCACUCAGGACAAUCAGAAAUCUUACCGAGGAAAUAAGCGAGAUCAAGAAGGACUUGUGGGAACAAGAUGGGUUCGAUCACAGAAUCAAACAAAUCGCACAGCAACAAGCAGAUGGAGACGAUGAACUUCAGCAACUGAGACAAGAGAACAGGUCCCUAAAAGAAGAUGUCAACAUGCUAAAAUGCAUCGUGAUCAAUCUAGAGAGAACAGUAAUUAAAAAUCAAAAUGAUAUAAUCGAUCUCAAAUCGAGAUCUAUGAAACAAAAUAUUUUGAUUCAUAAUCUCCCUGAAGAAGAUGACGAGGAUCUUUUCGUCAAAAUCCCAGAACUUAUCAAGAGGCAUUUUAAAGUACAAACAUCUUUUGCAAAUAUUCACAGAAACGGUCCAAAAAUACAAGGAAAGGCAAGAACCAUCACGGGGAGACUCAACAAAUUUACGGAUAAGGACUUAGUGUUACAGGCUCAGAGGGAUAUCAAAAGUCAACGUGCAGAACAAGCAGAACAAGCAGAGGGAACGGACCAGAAUUCUUCCGAGCAACAAAAUUCAACCUUCUUCAUUACACCACAAACUCCAAUCGAAAUAUCAGAAAACAGAAAGAAACUAUUAGAGCUGAACAGUAAAUACUGGAAAGCUAACGUCAAGACACGCAUUAUCGGAGAAAAACUCGUAUUUCCGAAUGGAAGUGUACAUAGAGAUAAAGUACAAAAACCAAAAGCAGAACAAAUCCUUGGAAUGGAUCAAUCAGAAAGAGAAGCACUGAAGAAGAUCAAAGUGACUGAGCUGGAGACUAACGAAGGGGGAAACAUCUUCCGGGGGAUUGGGGGAACAACGGAAUGCUACAACCACGUGCGCGACAUGUACAAGAAAACAUUAUGUGAUAAAUCUCAUGCCAAAGCUGACCACAACAUUCUCGUAUACAGAUUUCAAGAUUCAAACGGACAGAUUCACGAGGGAUAUAACGAUGAUGGCGAGUUUGGCGCUGGACGCCGACUAGUAAAAAUGAUGCAGAACUUACAAAUCAAAAACAUGACAGUUGUCAUCUCGCGAUUUCAAGCAAAGCACAUCGGCGGUCGACGAUUUGAAAUCUUGGAAAAUCUGCUGGCUGACGUAGUUCUCAGACACACCAGUCAGUGA